AGAAUUAUCUUAACCUCACUUUUAAUUGUCAUUGACACAUUGUGCAAUUUUUAAGGUGAACAUACGCUCAAAAAACCGACAAUUAUUUAAGAAUUAACUUAAAUAAUGUCGGAACGUAAAGGUUCAUUUAAAGUGGAAUUUCUGCAAAAAAUCGAGCGUGAAGUUCAACAACGAUGGAAAAACGAGAAAAUCCAUGAAAUUGACGCUCCUAAGGAUCCAAAAAAAUCUAACGACGAAAAAUAUUUGUGUACAUUUCCUUAUCCUUACAUGAAUGGAAGGCUACAUUUAGGGCACACAUUUUCGUUAUCUAAAUGUGAAUUUGCUGUUCGUUUUCAUAGGUUAAAAGGUAAGAAUGCCUUAUUUCCUUUUGGAUUUCAUUGUACUGGGAUGCCUAUAAAGGCAUGUGCUGAUAAAUUAAAAAGAGAAAUCGAAUUAUUUGGAAACCCACCCGUUUUUCCUCAACUCGAGGAACAAGAGGAAGUAAAAGAUGAUGAUGUGGUUAUUAAAGAUAAAAGUAAAGGGAAGAAAAGUAAAGCUGUUGCUAAAACUGGAACUGCUAAAUAUCAAUGGCAAAUUAUGCAAAGUUUAGGAAUGAAAGAUGAUGAAAUAGCUAAGUUUGCUGAUACCAGUUAUUGGUUGGAUUAUUUCCCUCCAUUAGCUGUUGAUGAUUUGAAUAGUUGUGGGGUACACAUUGAUUGGCGCCGAACUUUUAUAACAACAGAUGCAAAUCCUUUUUAUGAUCAAUUCGUACGUUGGCAAUAUAUUCGUUUAAAAGAACGAAAUAAAGUCAAAUUUGGUAAACGUUAUACUAUUUAUUCUCCUAAAGAUGGGCAACCUUGUAUGGAUCAUGAUAGAUCAUCAGGGGAAGGUGUUGGUCCUCAAGAAUAUACUUUAAUUAAAAUGAAGGUUUUGGAACCUAUUCCAGCAAAAUUGAAACAAUUUUCAUCUAAACCAAUUUAUUUAGUAGCAGCAACUUUACGUCCGGAAACAAUGUACGGUCAAACAAACUGUUGGGUUCGCCCCGAUAUGAAAUACAUAAUCUUCGAAACCGCCUCAAACGAAAUUUUCGUUUGCACUUCGCGUUCAGCCAGAAACAUGUCUUAUCAAGGGUUCACGUCUAAAGAAGGCGAAGUUAAAGUUCUUGCCGAAAUUUUAGGGGAAGACGUUUUAGGUGCGGCUUUAAAAGCCCCAAUGACGUCUUACCAAAAAAUUUAUGCUUUACCGAUGUUAACGAUUAAAGAAGAUAAAGGAACCGGGGUAGUCACGAGUGUUCCAUCAGAUUCACCGGAUGAUUACGCUGCAUUGGUUGAUUUAAAAAAUAAAGCCCCGUUUAGGGAGAAAUAUGGGUUAAAAGAUGAAAUGGUUUUGCCUUUUAAUCCUAUUCCGAUUAUAGACGUUCCCGAAUUUGGAAAUCUUUCAGCGGUUAAUGUUUAUGAAAAAUUAAAAAUUCAAAGUCAAAAUGAUAAAGAAAAAUUAAGGGAAGCCAAAGAAAUGGUGUAUUUGAAAGGAUUUUAUGAUGGGGUGAUGCUUGUUGGGGAACACAAAGGGAAAAAAAUCCAAGAUGUUAAAAAAUCGCUUCAAAAAUUUAUUAUUGACCGCAAAGAAGCUGUUAUUUAUUACGAACCUGAAAAAACGAUCAUUUCUCGUUCAGGUGAUGAAUGUAUUGUUGCUCUUUGCGAUCAAUGGUACUUAGAUUACGGCGAAACAUCGUGGAAACAACAAGCGGGGGUUGUUUUAACUAAAAUUAAUUGCUAUCAUGAUGAAGUUAGAAGAAACUUCGAAGGAUGUUUAAAUUGGUUGCAAGAACAUGCGUGUUCUAGGAUUUACGGUCUUGGUACAAAAUUACCUUGGGAUGAAUCUUGGUUAAUCGAAUCAUUAUCUGAUUCAACAAUUUACAACGCUUAUUAUACAAUAGCUCAUUUAAUUCAAGGUGGUAGUUUCAAAGGUGACAAACCAAAUGCUUUGGGGAUUAAACCCGAACAAAUGACCCCAGAAGUUUGGGAUUACAUAUUCUUUAAAACAUCCCCUUAUCCCAAUAAAUGCGGAAUAAAAAAGGAAUCUUUAGAUAUAAUGCGAAGAGAAUUCGAAUAUUGGUAUCCAGUUGAUGUACGCGUUUCUGGAAAAGAUUUAGUUCAAAACCAUUUAACUUAUUUCUUGUACAAUCAUUGCGCAAUUUGGCCUAAAGAUGAAUCGAAAUGGCCCAAAGGUGUUCGAGCAAACGGACACCUUCUUUUAAAUUCAGCGAAAAUGUCGAAAUCCGAAGGGAAUUUCUUAACUUUGCGUGAAGCCGUCGAUAAAUUCAGUGCUGAUGGGAUGAGAUUGUGCCUAGCUGAUGCAGGCGAUUCGAUCGAAGACGCCAAUUUCUUAGAAGCUGUUGCAAACGCGGGAAUUUUAAGACUUUACACCUUUAUUGAAUGGGUUAAAGAAAUUUUAGGAACUCAAAAAGCUUUGAGAAAAGGAGAAAUUUCUACUUUUAACGAUAAAGUUUUCCAAGCUGAAAUCAAUUUGAAAAUCAAAGAAACCGAAUCAAACUACGAAAAUAUGUUGUUCAAAGAUGCUUUGCGUACGGGAUUUUUCGAAAUGAUUGCUGCCAGAGAUAAUUACAUAAAAUUAUCAGCUAUGGAUGGAUUAAAUUUGAAACUAAUUAUGCGUUAUAUUGAGGUUCAAGCCCAGAUUUUAUCGCCGAUAUGUCCUCAUGUUUGUGAACACAUUUGGGGGCUUAUUGGAAAAUCGUCGAGUAUUGUUAAAAGUUCUUGGCCUAUAGCUGGAGAUGUUGAUGAAAUUUUAAUUAAAUCAGCUGAAUAUUUAAUGGAAGCCGCCCAAUCUUUUAGAGGACAUCUCAAAAAUUAUUUAACACCACCUAAACCAUCGAAAAAUAACCCAAAACCGGUUGCACCAUCAAAACCGGAUAUGGUAACUAUUUGGGUUGCCAAAUCAUUUCCACCAUGGCAAAGUUGUGUUUUAACUACAAUGAAAAAUUCUUAUGAGAAAAAUGGUAAUAAACUCCCAGAAAAUAAAGUUUUAUCAACUGAGCUUUCUAGUAAACCAGAAUUAAAAAAAUACAUGAAUCGGGUUAUGCCUUUUGCACAAAUGAUUCGCGAAAGAUUAGAUCAGAUUGGGCCAAAAGCUUUCGCUUUAACUUUAGAGUUUGAUGAAGCAGAAGUCUUGAAGACAAAUCAUGUUUAUUUGGCGAAUACUUUAGACGUUUUAUUAGUUGAUGUCCGCUUCACAGACGAAGAAGGCAUUUCUGACAGCUUAAAAGAAGUUCGCCCAGGAAAACCACACGCUUUAUUUAGCACAAUGCCGGGAGUUAACGUUUUAUUUACAAACCCCAUCCCUACAAACGCGCUUUUUCAACAAACCGUUAAGAUAUCAAACGGGGAUUCGUUCGAAAAAGUUGUUAAGAAGUUAACUAGUACGAACAGAAACAUAAAAGACCACAAUUUAGUGGAGCUUUAUUCUUUCGACGAUCCCAUUUUGGGGGAUAGAAAAACACCAGUUCAUACAAAUCCUUUCCAAAGACAAACAAAAAUAUCCGAAGAUUCCACAUUCGAGGUGGACGUCGAUGCCAAAGUUGUGAAUGUUUGUUCUAAAGGGGGAAAGAAAUUACAAAUUGGAAGUUCCAUUUCUUAUUUGUACCCUAAAGUUAAAUAAAUUUUAAUUAUUUAAUAUCAAA